UUUUUUUUUUUUUUUUUUCUCUUCUAUUCUAUCCGUCCUCGCGCGGAGCAUUCGGUCUUCGCUUUUUUCUUAGUUUUACUUGACUAGGUGAAGACUUGUAAUUAGCUGUACAGUCUACGGUCUACGGUCUACAGCAUCGCAACUAUGGUCGCCGGUAUCAGCAAACGCCAACAGCUGCGCAACGAGCGUGCGCUGCAGGAUCUCAUUCGGUCAGUUCCUGGCAACGAUCGAUGUGCGGACUGUUCGGCUAUGAAUCCAGGAUGGGCUAGUUGGAAUAUUGGUAUCUUUCUUUGUAUGCGAUGCGCAGCUCUGCAUCGAAAAAUGGGUACCCACGUAUCUAAGGUCAAAUCAUUGAGCAUGGAUAGCUGGUCGUCCGAACAGGUCGAUAAUAUGAAAUCCCACGGAAACACGAUCAUGAACAAAAUAUUUAACCCUCGAAAUGUUAAACCUCCCAUCCCCACUGAUAUCGAUGAAUCCGACGCGUGUAUGGAGCGGUUUAUCCGGCAGAAAUAUCAAACCCAGACUCUGGAGGAUGGGAAACCAAAACCACCUAGUCGCCAUGACUCGGGGUAUACAAGAUCGCCAGAUGCCUCGCCGCCUCCGCUUCCACCGAAACCUGCCCGGCCGUUUGGCUUCGGCCUUCGGUCUGCCUCCUCUGCAACCAAUCUAAAGCACCAUGCCAGCAGCCACCGUGGCCGGGAAUCACCUGUCGGCGAGGGUCGUUCAUCCUUCGAGUCAAAGCUCACCCGGCUGAAGGAGAUGGGGUUCACUAACGAGCGCAGGAAUAUAAUUGUUCUUCGGGAGUUGAAUGGCAAUCUGGAUAAAUCCAUCGAGACUCUGGUAAGAGUGGGAGAGGGCAGCCAGCCUCCGUCGCAAGCCAGAACCCCGGCUGCGGCGCAAGAUACAUCUGGCAAUCCUUUCGAUCAGUUGGAUGCCAAACAGCCUGCACAAUCCCUACCCCCAAAUGGACUAAGUUACAAUCCAUUCGGCCUGUCUACCCAGGCCCAACCGCAACCACAACCACAACCAGUUGCCACGCCAUCCCUUGAGCAGUCUUUCCAGAACUUGCAAGUGGCCCAACCCCUGUUCCCGCAUUCAACUGGGGGCUAUCCACACUCACAGACUUCCGCCCAGUCUUUCUUUCAACAGCAAGCUGCCUCCCCGUUCGCACCGGCGCAAGCUGGCUUUCUUUCCUCCCCACAGCCGCUUGACGGCGGGAACAAUCCGUUUUUCCAGACUGGAGCUCAGCCGCUGGCCAGCAUGGGCACCCCGUCACCCUCACAGAAUUCUUCUCCUUUUACCCAGACGAAUCCCUUUUUUAGCCAAAUGACACCGCAACCUUCGCCGCUGCCCUUCCAGAACCAAAAUCAGCAAUUUGCUGCGGGUCUUGGAGCUGGUUACCCUCACCCGCCCAGCCAUGCGAACACCAUGCCGGCUCCGUCGACCUCGCCUUUUGGUCAACCGUCCCCGUUCCAGCAGCCGCAACUCCAACUCCAAUCCGCGCCGCAGGGGCAGGCUCCUUUCAACCCUUUUCAGCCUAUGGCGGCGCCAACCACCCCGCAGGGUGCAGGAUACCAAACUUCAUCCCCUUUCGGUUUCCCGCCCUCUUCGCAGCCGCUCCUCUCACAGCCCACUGGACGAGUCGACAAGAACAGCAUUCUUGCACUAUACAAUCUUUCUGCGCCACCACCGCCGAUUUCCGAGCAGCAGCCAUUCCAGGCCCCGGCAGCAGUUAACCCAGCGCCUGCAUCAGCUGCACAAUUUGCGUCGGUGCAGAACCAGCCCGCACAUGCCUUCAACCCUUCGGACUAUAACACUGCUCAACAAUCCGCUGUAAACAUGCAACAGGCUGGGUUGCGGAAUCCCUUUGGCGCCCCGCAGCCAACUGCUCAACUCCCGAUGCAACCGUCAGCGUACGGGGUGGCUGCGAAACCCACGGCCCCAGGGGCAAGCAGUGCAUUCAUGAGGAGCCACAUGAGCCAACAGAGUGUAGAUAUCAACGGGUUCCAAAAUGGACGACAUAGCCCUGAUGCCUUUGCCAACCUAAGUUCGAGACAUGGAUAGUGAUAUUUCGGCUAUAUUUUGCUCUCAUCCCUUUCAAUUUAAAUAUAUAUAUAUAUAUAUAUAUAUAUAUAUUCGCAACUGUAAGAAUACCAAACCAAAUUGAUGCAUUCUUGGCGGUGUUUUGUUGAAAACUCGGCCCGAAGCAAUGAAAUGGAAAUGUCACGUCCACAGAUUGAUGGAUAGGACAGUAUAGGAUAGGAUUGGAUAGGUGUAUAGUUUGUUAAUGGAUGUAUAGAUUGGAGACUCUGGUUAGUAUGUAUAGAGCUUACUGUGCGAAGAUUAUCCUUAGUCCACGAAUCCCUUGAUAUUUAUCGAAAGCCAUGAAAAAUUCAAACAUGCAUUAU